GGCAAUCAAGGAUAGAGAAGAGAAGUAAGAAUGGAUGACAGAAGGGUAUUCCAAGAGCUUGUGAGAGGGCGUGAGUUUGCAAAUCAACUUCGUCAAGUGAUGAAUGAACAUGAUAACUCAUCUUCUAAUUUACUCCAAACUCUUGCCAAGAACGUGCUUAGAUCCUUCACCAACACCCUCUUCCUCUUUGACAAAUACCCCACCUACGAAUCCCAUGAGCUUUCCCAGAUUCAACAACAACACUCUCAAGAAAGUUGCAAGAGGGUCACCCCUAAGAACAGAAGAGGCUGCUACAAGAGAAAAAGAACUACAGAAGAAUGGGAGAGGGUGUCGGAAACUCCAAUAGUUGAUGGUCACCAGUGGAGAAAGUAUGGCCAAAAAGCGAUCCUCGAAGCCAAAUACUCAAGGAACUAUUACAGGUGCAGUCACAGGUAUGAUCAGAAAUGUCAAGCAUCAAAACAAGUGCAAAGAAUUCAAGAGGAGCCUCCCUUGUAUAAGACCACCUAUUUUGGCCACCACACGUGCAAUAAUGAGUUGAUAAAGAUAAACUCCAAAAUCAUACUUGAUUCCAAUAGUUCUGCUCCUGACACUUCCAUAUUGCUUAGCUUUAACAACACCAUCCCUAAUCCAACCAAUCAAGAGUGCCCUUUUUUAUCAUCUUUUCAUCCCUCACCAUCACUCAACAAAGAGGAGGUAAUUCCCUCACCUUCCUCAAAUGAUUACUUCCUCUCCCCAAAACCCACCUCAGAUAAUUCUUCAAUGCAUGACACUAACGAUGUCACUCUAUCACCUCAUCACUGGGAUGCCAUAUCCACUUUCUGUGAUUCGGUUGACCUUGAUGAUGCCUAUCACCCUUUUGGUGGACUUUGAUGAUUAAUUGGGUCGGCAAAUUUCAAUAUUUUUCAGUUAUUUCAAAGACAUUACUAUGGAAGAAACUUUCUAUAUACAUUAAAAAAUAAACUUUUAUGUCCGUUCUAAAAUUAUCAUAGAUUCAAACGACAUAAAAUACCUGCACCAGAGCAAUGUAUCAUCAUCUAGGAGUGCUUGCUAUAUAUAUACAUUAAGAAAAGUCAAUUAGCUAGAUUAGCGUUGCUUCAUCUUCUAUUUGAAAGUUGUAAGAACUUUAGCUCCAUCAUUUGUAAUAUAUAUAUAUUUGAUUA